GCCCCCCUCCCGCGCGGCGCAAACAUGGCGGCGGCUGGCACCGGCCGCUGAGGCGGUAACCCGGCGGGGGCUGUUGGGUGUCAUGGGCGGCGACGGCGGCACCGCCCCCGCGUCUCCCUGAGCGGGACGACAGAGGAGGCGUGGGGCUGGGGGGGGGUGGUCUUCUGCGCCGAGCCGGGCGAUGGACGGGAGCGGCGAACUGGGCGGUCUGGAGACCAUGGAGACGCUGACGGAGCUGGGCGACGAGCUGACCCUGGGGGACAUCGACGAGAUGCUGCAGUUUGUCAGCAAUCAAGUGGGCGAGUUCCCUGACUUGUUCUCAGAGCCUCUCUGCGGCUCCUUCCCCGGCGGUGGCGGUGGCGGUGGCGGCAGUGGCGGCAGCGGCGGCAGCAGCAGCGGUGGUGGAGCUGGGAGCGGGGACCCCUCCGGGCAGCGGCCUUUCAGUCAGGUCCCGCUGCCGGCCUUCUCCCCCUCGGCCACCUCCCCGCAGGCUGCGACCCUCCAGGUCAAGGCGCCCGCCGCCUCGGGUCCCACCCAGCCAAGGGCGGCCCCAGUUCUGCAGCCCCGCCCCCAGCCGCAGCCCCCGCCCCCUGCCCCGCUGCCGCCGCAGACCGUUAUGAUCACCCCGACCUUCAGCACCGCUCCGCAGACGAGGAUCAUCCAGCAGCCCGUCAUCUACCAGAAUGCAGCUACCAGCUUUCAAGUCCUUCAGCCGCAAGUUCAGAGCCUAGUGACCUCCUCCCAAGUGCAGCCAGUCACCAUCCAGCAGCAGGUGCAGACGGUGCAGGCCCAGCGGGUGCUGACGCAGACGGCCAAUGGCACGCUGCAGACUCUGGCCCCGGCCACGGUGCAGACAGUGGCUGCGCCCCAGGUGCAGCAGGUCCCGGUCCUGGUACAGCCUCAGAUCAUCAAGACAGACUCCCUUGUCCUGACCACACUGAAGACAGAUGGCAGCCCUGUGAUGGCUGCAGUCCAGAACCCCGCCCUCACUGCCCUCACCACCCCCAUCCAGACAGCUGCCCUGCAAGUUCCGACCCUGGUGGGCAGCAAUGGGACCAUUCUGACCACGAUGCCUGUGAUGAUGGGACAAGAGAAAGUGCCCAUUAAGCAGGUCCCCGGGGGAGUCAAGCAGCUUGAGCCUCCCAAGGAAGGAGAAAGGCGGACGACACACAACAUCAUCGAGAAGCGGUAUCGCUCCUCCAUCAACGACAAAAUCAUUGAGUUGAAGGACCUGGUCAUGGGGACUGAUGCCAAGAUGCACAAGUCUGGCGUUCUGAGGAAGGCCAUCGACUACAUCAAAUACUUGCAGCAGGUCAAUCAUAAACUGCGCCAGGAGAACAUGGUGCUGAAACUGGCAAAUCAGAAGAACAAACUCCUGAAGGGCAUCAACCUGGGCAGCCUGGUGGACAAUGACAUGGACCUGAAGAUCGAUGACUUUAAUCAAAAUGUCCUUCUGAUGUCGCCUCCGGCCUCCGACUCAGGGUCCCAGGCCGGCUUCUCCCCCUACUCCAUCGACUCAGAGCCGGGAAGCCCUCUAUUGGAUGAUGCAAAGGUCAAAGAUGAGCCAGACUCUCCUCCCGUCGCGCUGGGCAUGGUGGACCGCUCUCGCAUCCUGCUGUGUGUCCUCACCUUCCUCUGCCUCUCCUUUAACCCCCUGACCGCUCUGCUGCAGUGGGGCGGGGCCCACGAUGCAGACCAGCACCCGCACUCAGGCCCUGGCCGCAGCAUGCUGUCGCUCGAGUCAGGCUCCAGGGGCUGGCUCGACUGGAUGAUGCCGACGCUGCUCCUGUGGCUGGUGAACGGCGUGAUCGUGCUGAGCGUCUUUGUGAAGCUGCUGGUUCAUGGGGAGCCGGUGAUCCGGCCGCACUCGCGCUCCUCAGUCACCUUCUGGAGGCACCGGAAGCAGGCAGACCUGGACCUCGCCCGGGGGGACUUUGCAGCGGCUGCGGCCAAUCUGCAGACCUGCCUGUCGGUGCUGGGCCGGGCCCUGCCCACCUCCCGCCUGGACCUGGCCUGUAGCCUCUCCUGGAACGUGAUCCGCUACAGCCUGCAGAAGCUGCGCCUGGUGCGCUGGCUGCUCAAGAAGGUCUUCCAGCACCGGCGGGCCGCCCCAGCCACUGCUGCGGGCUUCGAGGAGGAAGCGAAGACCAGCGCCCGGGACGCAGCCCUGGCCUACCACAGGCUGCACCAGCUGCACAUCACAGGCAAGCUUCCCGUGGGAUCUGCCUGUUCUGACGUACACAUGGCCUUGUGCGCGGUGAACCUGGCUGAAUGUGCCGAGGAGAAGAUCCCGCCGAGCACGCUGGUGGAGAUCCACCUGACCGCUGCCAUGGGGCUCAAGACCAGGUGUGGAGGCAAGCUGGGCUUCCUGGCGAGCUACUUCCUCAGCCGCGCCCAGAGCCUGUGUGGCCCCGAGCGCAGUGCCGUCCCCGACUCGCUGCGCUGGCUCUGCCAUCCCCUGGGCCAGAAGUUUUUCAUGGAGCGGAGCUGGUCGGUGAAGUCGGCUGCCAAGGAGAGUCUGUACUGUGCACAGAGGAACCCAGCCGACCCCAUCGCCCAGGUGCACCAGGCCUUCUGUAAGAACCUGCUGGAGCGAGCUGUGGAGUCCUUGGUAAAACCUCAGGCCAAGAAGAAAGCUGCAGACCAGGAAGAGGAGAGCUGUGAAUUCUCCAGUGCUCUCGAAUACCUGAAAUUACUUAACUCUUUUGUGGACUCCGUGGGGAUUGUGACCCCCCCCUUCUCCAGCAGCUCUGUGCUCAAGUCGGCCCUUGGCCCAGACGUCGUCUGUCGGUGGUGGACGUCCGCCAUCACCAUGGCCAUCAGCUGGCUCCAGGGAGAUGACGCCGCUGUGCGCACUCACUUCACUGAAGUGGAGCGAGUCCCCCAGGCCCUGGAAGUGACAGAGAGCCCCCUGGUGAAGGCCAUCUUCCACACCUGCAGAGCCAUGCACGCCUCGCUCUCUGGGAAGGCAGACGGGCAGCAGAGUUCCUUCUGCCACUGCGAGAGGGCCAGUGGCCACUUGUGGAGCAGCCUCAACGUCAGUGGGGCCACCUAUGACCCUGACCUCAACCAUGUGGUCCAGCUGCUGACCUGUGACCUGCUCCUGUCGCUGCGGACAGCGCUGUGGCAGAAGCAGGCCGGAGCCAGCCAAGCCCUGGGGGAAACCUACCACGCAUCGGGCGCCGAGCUGGCUGGCUUCCAGCGGGAUCUGGGCAGCCUGCGCAGGCUGGCACACAGCUUCCGCCCGGCCUACCGCAAGGUGUUCCUGCAUGAAGCCACCGUGCGCCUGAUGGCGGGAGCCAGCCCCACCCGCACCCACCAGCUGCUGGAGCACAGCCUGCGCCGGCGCACGGCUCAGAACGCCAAGCACGGAGAGACGGACGCCUGGCCCGGACAGCGAGAGCGGGCCACUGCCAUCCUCCUGGCCUGCCGCCACCUCCCCCUCUCCUUCCUGUCCUCCCCGGGCCAGCGGGCCGUGCUGCUGGCUGAGGCUGCCCGCACCCUGGAGAAGGUGGGCGACCGGCGCUCAUGCAACGACUGCCAGCAGAUGAUUGUCAAGCUGGGGGGCGGCACCGCCAUCGCCGCCUCCUGACCACGGGGCUCUGCCCACCUCGGCCGCCACCUCCCUUGGUCACUCUCCAGCUCCCUCUGUCUCUGAGUCUCCUCUGUCUCUGAGUCUCUCCCUCCUCCCUCUGUCUCUCUCCCUCCUCCAUCUAUCUCUCUCCCUCCUGCUUUGUCUCUGAGUCUCUCCCUCCUCUGUCUCUCCCUCUUCCUUCUGUCUCUCUCUCCCCUCCCUCUGUCUCUCUCCCUCCUCCCUCUGUCUCUAUCCCACCUUCCUCUGUCUCUCUUUCCCCUCCCUCUGUCUCCCUCCUCCCUCCGUCUCUCUCCCUCCUCCUCUGUCUCUGAGUCUCUCCCUCCUCCCUCUGUCUCUCCCUCUUUGUUUGUCUCUCAGUCUUUGCCUCCUCCUCUGUCUCUUGUGUCUCUCUCCUCUUCCCUGUGGGAGCUGAGGGACAAACCUUGGCUUUGGAGCGGUCACCUGCCAAGGCUUCUGGACCACCUCUGGCUAGUGGGCCCCUGGGAGCUGCUGCGGAGAGAGGCCCCAGUGGGCCUGAGCGGGAAAGAUAGGGCGGGCAGGAAAUGGGGGUUCCCUGACUUGAAAGUGGCAGGGGGAGCUCCCAGGCUGCCCAGUCCCACCUCCAGCCCUCCCAGGACUCUUUUUUCCUCUGAAAAUCUCCCCACUCCCUUUUCCUGCUUCCUUGUUUUUUUUUUUUAAUCAGGCUUUCCCUCUGCGGGACAUAGGUCUCUGGGUACCAUGCGCUCCACCCGUGGCGCUGUGCCCAGCACACCCCCCUUUUAUAUGAAUGUUUUUAUAUCUAUGUGCUUGGAGUUGCUGUGAUGCAAGGCUGAGUUGCUGUGGCAUCUUUAUUUCUCUCCCCGGGUCCACGUCCCCUCCCCUGUACCUGACAAAGAGAAUUCAUUGUUUUCUCUUCAUUACACAGGACAGCCAAGGGAGGAGCGAGCCCAGCCCUGGGGAGGUGGGUGGGAGGCAGGGGGCAGGCUUGGGGAUGGGUGAAAUUGUGUUGGCAUUAUUUUUUAAUUUUUUUAAAAAAUAAAUGGUCUUAUUUAAUUGUCCUGUUCCUUCCCACUCCCCCGCCUCCUGGGAUGUCAGCCCAGUCUCGGGGUACACCCCCAGGGGGCUGGGAGAGAGAGUCACCCACCAGGACUGAGGACCAGGGGCCUUCAAUGUGGGUUCUCCGCUCUCUUGGGCUCCCUCCCACCCCAACUCCUACCUCCACGGUCUAUUUUUAUCCCUAAUUCUUGACCUGAACAUAAGCCAGGCUGGCAGGGACCAGACCCCAACCCGUCCCCAGACAAGCCCCUUUUUGAGGUGGGCACAGGGUUGCCCGAGGUGGGUACUAGGAUCAAAGCCCCCUUCCUUGAGGGGGUCCUAUGAGGAAGAGUGGCCCCACUUUUCUGGAUGCCCAGGCUUGGCAUCUACCUGAGGCCAUUUCUCCUGGGGCCUGAGGGCUGCCUGGCACCCGGGGCCUGCGGGGAGGCCAGGAGGGGCUGCCCUCCUCCCUCCCUGUGCCUCUCACCCCCUUGGGCUGGUUGGGGCAGAAAGUGGGCAGGGGCCCCAGCACAGACUGAGGGUACAAACAGCAAGGGCUCCCUUCAUACCGAGAGCAGGCUUCACCCACGACCUUGGACCUCACCCACUUUUUCUCUUCUGCCCCCACCUUAAUUUAUGGCCCCUGCCCCCUGGGUGAGCCAGCCUUUGUGUCAUGUGUAUAUACCGUGCCUUUUCUCAUGAUGGUUUCGGGGGGGGAGGGGGUGGGUUUUUCACUGAAAUGUGGGCGAUGCCUGUGGCUUCCUUGAUACGGAAUCAUUCACUGUGUCCUGGAUGUAGGUUAUUGAAUAAACACAGAUUGGUACCACCCGG